AUGAGUCCAUCCGGUAUCGCUUCUACCUUCCUUUCCAAGAUACUUUUUACAUUUCCUACUGUUGCCUACGCGGCCAUCACAUACGGGUUACUACUCGCCUGGUUCGCUGUUAUAAGCUCUGCUGCUUCCUAUUUUAUGCUGAACCCACCAUACUCGGUCAAUUCAUCCUCACUGGGACUCUUCAUGAUAUCCGCAUUGAUAGGAGCCAUCCUCGGUGCGAUCGUCGGUGCCACACUCAAUGACCAGUCAAUUUUGUGGCUAGCUCGGCGGAAUGGUAGUAUAUUUGAACCUGAGAUGCGUUUGUGGAUGGGAUUACCGGGGUCUCGUGUGGCUACUGCAGGGGUCUUGACCUUUGGUUUGGGUCUAUUGCGGACUCUACCGUGGGUCGUUCUCGCGGUGAGAUAUGCCAUCUUUGGAUUCGGGUUCUCCGUGACCGGCGAUAUCGCGUUGACCUACCUCACCGACUGUUACCCAGAGAUCCUCGGGGAUGUUCUCGUUUGGGUUGUCUUCAUUCGGAACGGCCUCUCCGUCCUAAUCAUGUCCAUCUACACACCCUGGAUCAGCUCGUUUGGCAUCCAAAAUACUUUCAUUUGUGCCGCAAUAAUCUCGCUGGCUAUGACUAUUAUGCCUAUCGGGCUGCUUAUCUGGGGUAAACGAGCUCGGGAGCGCACGGCGCCGAAAUACAGGGAUUUGCUCUUCGGCAACCUCUUCAGCGAAGUAUAA